UAAAAUUUUGCUCGAGUAUGCCUACCCGCCAUGAAUUUUUUACCCGGUGCUACCACCAUUGCCCUGCGACGAGAAAGGGAUGCGAUGUCACUGUUUUAUGAGAAACGCACUGCUGCCAAUCGACGAAAACACUUUAAACUGUUGGAUCCGCCAAGGCCGGGGCUAAGUUUCUUUUUCCACGGACUUAUUCUUAGUGCAUGUGAACAUUUUACCAUCGAUUUCCUCACUAUAAAAGGAAAAGAAAAUUGCGAUCACUGCGAUGUGUUGCUGCAACUCGGUGCACGACUACCUCAAAACUAUAUUGUGCGCAACUCCCGUUUAAUGGGAAAAUGGGGACUUGAGGAAAAUUCAUCACCGCUCCGCUUUCAACUGAGACGCGGGGAUACUUUUUGGAUGCAGAUACUCCUCACAGUGGAAUCGUUCUACAUUUCAGUAAAUGGUUAUCAUUUUGCCGAAUACGCUCAUCGCAUGCCGUAUAGAUGGCUAGGUGCAAUCGACUUACGCGGUGACAUUGAUGAAAUUGUCAUUGAUAAAUAUUAUGUGACAGAGUAUCCGAUUCGGCUAUCUCAAUCAGUGGCUCGAGUUCUACCGUUUGUCUACGACUCUAGUUUAUUGAAAUGGGUCAAUGAGGAAGCCACUAGAAUGCUACAUAGCUGGGCCUCCCUGGACAAUUUAUCCAAACUGCAGAGAGCUGCAAGGCAAGUAAAUACAAACCUAGCACUUCCAUUUUACGGCCGCGUGCCAAACCACGAAAAACUCAUAGAGGGACGUGCAGUUCGAAUCGAAGGCCGGGUACGCAUGAUGCCCCAAAGUUUCAGUGUGGCGUUACAGCAGGGCCAGCAAAUUUGGCCACAGCCAACCGUGUCGUUUUAUUUUAGCCCGAGUUUUUUGCGAAAAUCACGCGAUAAAGUUGGUAAGGUAAACAUCACACGGAGCGCUUAUUUAAAUGGCUCCUGGGUGAAGAGGAAAGUGUCACACCUUAACACAAGUCUAAGACCUGGAAAAGCCUUUGUCAUAUUAAUUGCAUGUCGACCUAACUACUACGAGUUGUUCGUGAACAGAAAACUCUUGCUUGGCUUUAAGCAUCAAAUGAACCCAGAGUGUGUGGAUAUUGUUAAUAUCCGUGGAGACGUGAGGCUCUGGGAUGUAGUCAUCGAGACCACCAGGCUCGGUCGGCCCCGAUCUAACCAAUCAAUCAUCCAACGAGCUAUCAGAACUUUGCGCCAAACUCACAUUGAAUAAUUCCUGAAAAUGUUAUUGAAUAUGUGGCUUUACCCUUCUUCUUGGACGGAAACGCAACCUGUCGAAAGACAUGUUGUACAAAUUUAUAUUUAUAAGAACCACGUCGUCUUUAUUGCCUCGAUCUGGGUGCCAUUUUUGCUAUUGUUGGCUGGCGCUGCUGCUGUCCAACAAACUACUACUACGAUCGGCCGACACACACCACACGACUGCCACUCACUGUGUGCGUAGAUUUAUGAUUUCAUCUUUACCAAACGUAUACAGAAUUUUCUGCAAUUAAAAUAGCUCUGCUCUGCGCCCUGGAGUAAGGAGUAAGGUCUAGUGCAAUGCGCCGCGCUCCAACUCAUAAAUGUCAAUGUGCUGUCGUUGUCAACUGAGCCUCUGCCCAUAAGCAGCACGUAGCAGCAGCAGCAGGAGCAGGAGCACGAGCAGAGGAAGCUCAGACAAGACCGCUCCGGACCUGACCGUCUGAAGGGCCUCGGAAAUUGAUUAUUAAAAACGAUAAUCGAUUAAGGACACAGUAUUGCAGUGCAGUACUGCCAGGGUCGUCACUGAGCAUGCUGUCCUCAAUUGACGUUUAUGUCUACAUGUGUUUAGCAAGACAGUUGACAUUGUUUUGGCAUGGCCAACAAAAAGCACCAGCAAAACAAUUCAAGCCGAAAACGUCAUCCCUGUAAAUAUUUCCCAGGGCUUGCCAAAGGAAGUAGUCUCUGCCAACGCUGCGAUUGCCAAGAAAAAAUAUUAUUUAUGGUUCAAGUUCGUACGUGUUACGCAUGCUUUGGUCCAUUUUGCUAAUGAAGUGGAUUACAGAUUGUCAUUGUCUACUGCGACGUUGGGUCCAGAGUUGGCUGGCAUCCUUUGGCUUAUUUUGUGGCUUUGGUGGUGGUCCAUAUGUAUAUAGUAUAUAUUAUUAUAACAUUUAUUAACAGCAACUAUUUUACAUGAAUAAAUGUAUGUAUUUUCGCAACAAGUAAUUAACAGUCA